AUGAUGAUCUCAUCGCCUUCUUCGAUGUCAAACUUUUUGUCAAUUGGCGAAGCGUCAACCUCUUUCGUUUGCGAGACUGUCUUCUCUUCUACUGGAACAGACUUGGAUUCAACUGGCGCUGGUGCGGUUUCAGCAGGCACUUCAGCAGAAGGAGCAGGUGCUUCGACCGCAACUGGAACUGCAACUGGAACCGCAACUGGAACUGGAACAGCUUCAACAGGUGUAGGUUCAGCAGGAGUAGACUCAACGGGCUCAGCAUCCUUCACAGGUGUUGGCUCAUCUUCCACUGGGGCUUCUUCCACUGGAGUUUCAACUGGGGCUACAACUGGAUCAGAUUCUUUAGCAGCGGCGAUAACCUCUGGAGUUGGAACAAGCGACUCUUCAGCCGGUGGAAUAACAUCCCUGGCCUCUGCCAGCUCUGGUGCAGCUUCUGUGGCUGGCGCCUCCUCCGAAGCGGGAACAGUUUCCUUUGCUUCAGAGUUGCUUUCCGCAGCAGCGAUAACUUCAGGAGUAGGAACAACCGACUCUUGUGCAGGGGCAGCAAUAGCUUGA